AUGGAUGCACUGGUGGCAGAGAGGGCGGCCCCGGGCCACACUCUCUGCCACCAGUGCAUCCAUCGCAAAAGGUCCACUGGAAAGGCGUUCUGCAACCCGUUUUGCGAGGCCUACGCGGAAUACGCCCAAGCGGGCCCAGACCCGCGGAUGUCGGCAAAGACGGCCGAGUUGAUCCAGGUGGCCCUCGUGAAACAGCGCUGCCACAAUUGCUUCCGCGACGACCUCGAGAAGGUCACCCAGAAGCACAGCGAGCAGCCA